GAGGGAGGAGGGAGUCAGCUGAGAGGGGAGGAAGCAUCAUAUGAUACAGAGGAAGGAGCUGUAUGAGUGUGACAUUGUAUCCCCGGGUGCAGGGAUCUCCUGUGUAAGGGUCAGCACCAAGAAGAUCAUCCAUCACUUUCUUCCCACCUCCAACCAUGAUCCACAGCCUGUUCCUCAUCAACCCUUCCGGGGAUAUCUUCCUGGAGAAACACUGGAAAAGUGUGGUGUCCCGAUCGGUUUGUGACUACUUUUUUGAGGCACAAGAAAGGGCAUCCGAUCCAGAGAAUGUGCCACCCAUCAUCCAGACCCCCCAUCAUUACCUGCUCAGUGUUUACAGGCAUUCCAUAUUUUUUGUGGCUGUAAUACAAACUGAGGUACCUCCGUUGUUUGCUAUUGAGUUUCUUCACCGAGUGGUGGACACAUUCCAGGAUUAUUUUGGUUCAUGCUCAGAAAUUGUCAUCAAAGAGAAUGUUGUAGUUGUCUAUGAAGUUUUAGAGGAAAUGCUGGAUAAUGGAUUCCCUCUUGCCACUGAAUCAAAUAUACUGAAGGAGCUUAUUAAACCUCCCACUAUACUCCGCAGUGUGGUCAACACAAUUACAGGUAGCUCGAAUGUGGGUGACCAGCUCCCAACAGGCCAGCUCUCAGUAGUGCCAUGGAGGAGAACAGGAGUCAAGUAUACCAACAACGAGGCUUACUUUGAUGUCAUAGAAGAGAUUGAUGCCAUCAUUGACAAAUCAGGCUGCACAAUAACUGCUGAAAUCCAGGGUGUGAUCGAUGCUUGUGUAAAACUGAGUGGGAUGCCUGAUCUAACCCUCUCCUUCAUGAAUCCUCGUCUCCUGGAUGAUGUCAGUUUCCACCCCUGUGUACGCUUUAAGAGAUGGGAAUCUGAGCGAAUUCUGUCUUUCAUCCCCCCAGAUGGCAACUUCCGCCUGCUGUCCUACCACGUCAGUGCUCAGAACUUGGUGGCCAUUCCAGUCUAUGUAAAGCAUGCAAUCAGUUUUCGGGAAGGCACCAGUUCUGGGCGAUUUGAAGUGACGCUGGGACCUAAGCAGAGCAUGGGCAAAACCGUGGAAGGGGUGACUCUUACUGGACAGAUGCCAAAGGGGGUCCUGAAUAUGACACUCACCUCAUCUCAGGGGACGUAUGUCUUCGAUCCAGUGACCAAGUUGUUGUCAUGGGAGGUGGGGAAAAUUAAUCCUCAAAAACUACCAAGUUUAAAGGGAACCAUGAUUCUCCAAGCUGGAUGCUCAAAGCCGGAUGAAAAUCCAACGCUGAACCUUAAUCUCAAGAUCCAGCAGCUGGCAAUCUCAGGUCUGAAAGUGAACAGGCUGGACAUGUACGGUGAAAAGUACAAACCCUUCAAAGGAAUCAAAUACAUGACCAAGGCGGGAAAGUUCCAAGUCAGAACAUAAGGGGGUGCUGCUAUCCAAGAAAUAUCCCCUAAUACCUGUGAAGUGUGCAGCCAUCUCUGGUGCUCCUGCUGCUUUGCUCCCAUGUAAAUAAGCAGAGUAUGCGGAGGAUGUGACCUGCUGUGUGUGUGUUUUCUAUAUAACAAGUACUGUAGAGGCAAUGUCAUGUUAAAUGGCAGGCGUGUCUUGUAUGGAGACAAUGUGUGUAUGGGAUAUAUUGUGUAAGUAUAGAGUCUUUAGGAACCAGACACUAUCAGGUUUUAUGUAAAACAUAAUGUAAACUCUUGUUAAUUAGCACUUAGAAAAUGAGGAAAUCCUGAAACUUGGCCUGUAUAAAGUGUAGCCUGCUUCCCCUGCUGGAAAGUCUGUAUACUGCACGUGUUUGUGGCCCACUGUUCUCCAGUGUAUGACUACUGAAAGUUAAAGAAAACUGUCAAAUGCAUGCUGGGUAAUACUGGAGAAAAGAAAAUAACAUACUCUGUUUAUUGUAUGCUAUGACUACUGAAGCGGCAUAUUGAUGGUUUGAUCUAAUCUGCAGCAACCAGAAAUUCUGGUAACUUUAUACCUAAUUUGCUUCUAUAAGUAGUUUUAAAGAGUUGGUUCACUUUAUAAUAAUAUUUGUAAUGCGGGCAAAGGGCCCCAGUAGGUUAGAAAUACUAGUGCACGAGAGAAAGUCAGCUUCGUGAAAAAACAUUCCAAAGAGAGAAAACAAUGCUUCUACCCAUAUAACAUACUGAUAAUUGAGCUUACGGGUGCUUGAGCCACAGUCGUUGAGCUGAGUAGAUAAUCCAAAAAGACGAUCUGCACGCCAGCUGUUGCUCUUACUACUACAGUACACAGAUAAGAUCAGUUGAUGCGUUUCAGCCUACAAGGCCUUAGUCAUAAUAGUUAUGACUAAGGCCUUGUAGGCUGAAACGUAUCAACAGAUCCUAUCUGCAUUUCUGUACUGUGGUUUUUGAAUAAAUAUGAAGAUUUUUUUUUUAAGCGCUACAACUGGUGUGCGGAUCGGUUUUCUGGAUUAUCUCCUGGGGAAAAAUACAUACCUGAAGGCCAAAAGUGAUUUCCUUAAAGCUUAGCCUAAAAAAAAAA